CUAUCAGAGUAUUGAUUGUAUUUGUAUGGUGCAUUAAGCGCAUUGUAUGUUCUGUGAGGUGUUUUAGAUAUCGUGUUUGUUUCAUGAUAGAGCUAUACUCACAUGUUCGGUAUUCUACAGCUGAGUCAAUGGUUUGUGUGUUUAGCAUUCAUGCCUCACUGAGAGACUCUCAUAUUAUUCACCCCUCUUUUCUCUCCUUUUCAGAUAAGUUUGACAAAUAAUUGGAUAUCUCGAUGGUUUGGUAUCCAUAGACAAUCGGGGGUUUUCUUUCGGUUUAUUCGAUUUUUCCAAGGUUCUAAAAAUCGUCUAGGCAGCGCCUAGGCCCCCGCCUAGGCGGUAACUCGGUCCUAUCCGAAAAGAUUUUCUUAAAAUCCGAUUUAUACCGAUUUAUAUGAUUCAAAUUGGUUUUAGCUGUUCUAAAUCAGUUAAAAUUAGUUAAAAUCGAUCUAAAAUUGUCUAUAUAUGUUAAAUUAAGCAAUAAUAUUAUUACAAAUCUACAAAUUUGUCUACUUUCUUCUAUUUUGUAUAUCUAAUUUUGAUAAUUCAUCAUUUUUUAUAAUUAAACUUAAAAACUAAAAUAUGUCAUAUAAAUGUAUAAAGUAUAUAAAAUAAAUUAAUAAUUUGCUAACGCCUAGGCCCCGAAUAAUUUGCCUAGUCGCUAUUCCUCUAUAAAGCGCCUAGUUACCGCCUAGCGAUUUUUAGAACAUCGGAUUUUUCUAUUCGUUUAAUUUUAAAAGAAUUUUUCUUUCUGAUAUAAUUCAUUAAUGUUUUGGUAUUUAUUCGGUUUUACUCAUUUUUAAUCUCGUUUAUUUCUUUAUCGGAUUUAAUGGUAAUGAAAACAUGAUUAACGAUUAUUACAUUAAUAAUUGGACUUGUGAGAUUACUUGAGAGAGACGCUAGGGUAAGAGACACGUCGUUUUCGAGAAAUGAUGAAACGGGUGUUGCAUUAUAGCUAAGCUAAUGUGAUCUCCUGAUUUAUGUCAGAAUUAGAUGAUCAUGUAGUCUAUUUCAAGGCGUGUAUAUCUAUUUUUAGCAGAAAAGGAAAAUGAAAGAUCAGAAAGUGUUGAACCUAUCAACAAUACCCGUUAAGCUCUCCCUCUCUCUCAAAUUUCUCUUCCAUUUGUACUUGUAUGCUUUUUGACCUCGUUUAUUUUGUUUGAAUUUUUUUUUGUUACAAUAUUUUACCAAGUUAGGGUUUUUGUAAAACUGUGUCAUGCCCUUGAUUCUUCUUCAGCGUUAAGAUCAUUCGUUGCCUUUAAAUCAUCACGCUAUUGAUAAAAAUGGACAGUGGAGAAUUAAGUAGGGUAUUCCAAAUAUUUGAUAAGAAUGGAGACGGGAAGAUCGCAAAGAACGAGCUGAGGGAGUUCUUUAAAAGUGUGGGUAUUCUCAUCCCUGAAAAAGAGAUUAAUGAGAUGAUAGCAAAGAUGGAUGUGAAUGGAGACGGAUUCAUGGAUAUAGAUGAGUUUGGAUCAUUGUAUCAAGAAAUGAUGGAAGAGAACGAGGAGGAAGAGGACAUGCGAGAGGCAUUCCGAGUAUUCGAUCAGAACGGUGAUGGGUUUAUCACAGGUGAAGAACUGAGGUCGGUUCUUGCAUCGAUGGGUUUGAAACAAGGAAGAACACUUGAAGAUUGCAAGGAGAUGAUCAGUAAAGUUGACGUUGAUGGAGAUGGUAUGGUUAACUUUAAGGAGUUUAAGCAAAUGAUGAGAGGUGGUGGAUUUGCUGCUCUUAGCUCCAGUUAAACGUUCCUUGUAUUUUCCUUUUGUUUCCGCUGACAAUAAUUUUGUGAUAUUUAUCAAAAGACGUUAUGAAUUUUCGUAAUGAACACUAGAUUUGGCAAAAAGAAGUUAAAUUAACGAGGUUGUAUUUAAUCAAGCAACUGAGUUAAAAUGAUUGUUGUCUCCUGUUACUUUUAUAGACGGCACCAUGUUGUUGUUUCAUUUAAAAAUCAUUUAGUAAGGGCAUCAUUAUCGCCACUUCGUAAGCCCACUUCUUAGCCUUUUUGGGUCGAAUAAUAAAUCAAAAACACGGGAAAUGUUUACUAACGGGCCUUAAUUAAGAAGUUUGGGUGGACGUCCUUAAGUGCCAGGUUGCAGCUGCAUAUUGGCUUUAGGGUUCGAAAAAGGGAAAGUCGCGUUUCGGUCUUCUCAUUUCCGUCUUCUUCUUGUUGAGAGCUCGUCGGCGAAGAAAGAAUCGCCAUAGGUUCGCCGUAGACGUCCAUGCCCAAAUCCUCAUCCUCUCCUUCAUUCCGAUCACUCCACAUCAAUCUGUUGCUAGGUCCUCUCGUUGAUUGCGCAAAUCGAAAUCCUCUCCGUGCAUGUCAAGCGUCGAAAUCCUCUCUGUGCAUGUCCUCUCGGUGAUAGCCCAAAUCGAAAUCCUCUCGGUGCAUAGCCCAAAACAAGGUUAAGUAACAAUGGGACUUGAUUACAGCUAUAGUCAGCCAUCACAAUCAGAUACGUUUGGUGGGCACACAGUAUCCAGUGGCUACGACGAGACAGCCGAUCUUAUUCGUCGGGAUCAAGAAGAAAUAAGAGACAACAUUGCUGAGCAGGUUCAUUACCCGCCUCAACCUGAGGUGGAGUUUGGAAUCCCGCAGAUAUGUUACUGUGGUCGUCAACCCCUUCUCGCAAGCUCUCAUUCUCGAAAUCAUCCAAGUAGACUAUACUACACCUGCGCAAAUGUUGAUGAUGGCGACUGCCAUGUUUGGAAGUGGUGGGAUGUCGCCGUUAUGGAAGAGAUGAAAGCAAGGGAUUUACACACCCUCGAAUUGGCUCAAAAGGUAGAUUCUCUUACCCUUAUGGGUGACUAUGUGACUGAGCAGAAGGUGGCUAAACUAGAGGAGAUGGUUUCUAAGCUAAGUAACAAGAAUCCAGUGUUUACCAAUCGGUUUGAAAUGGUUGUUGCUUUCAUGGUCGUUGUUUUAGUCGUAAUGGGGAUGAUGGUCAUGUUUAAGUAGACUGCUUAUGUAUUUUAGCUGUAAUGGUUGUUCAUGUCGGAAAGGUGUAAUUUGUUAACUACUUGUCCGUAUGCUGUUUUGUAAUAAAGAGUAUUUGUAUGUAUUUUACUUCUCUCAUGUCGGUAUGGUGUUGUGAUCACGGGAGUUAGAAACAUAUAAACACGUGAAACAACACAACAAAACAAGCAAGCAACUGUCAGAAGAAACUAACAACACAAAUCUAGUGUCACAAGACUUCAAAACUAUUAACAUCACGUGAGUUUAUAGGGAAAAUAUCAGAAGGGAAACAUUGUGUGCUAUAAAAAUAUAACAUCUUCUCUCAUUACCUUCACCACAACUCAUCUCUCUUGAACUCUCUUUCCAAACAUUUCCUCCCCAUUCAUUUUUUUUUAAAAAAAUGGCUUCUUCUUCUCAUUAUCAUUACCACAAAGAUGAUGAUGUUGAAUUUGAAUCCCUUUUUGAAGAAUUAUAAGAAAUCCCAGAUACUUUUCCCGAACCGAAAGAGUGUAAAAAACGUAUAUUUAUUGAGAGAAACCGGGAAGAAGGCCACAUCAACCUGUGGAAUGAUUAUUUUUCUGAAACUCCUACAUACCCUCCCAAUAUAUUCCGGCGACGGUUUCGAAUGAGCAAGUCAUUGUUCCUACGUAUUGUGCAUCGUCUCUCUACGGAAGUAGCUUAUUUUGCUCCAACACAAGAUGCAGUCGGAAGGUCAAGUCUAUCACCGCCCCAAAAAUGCACUGCAGCCAUUCGUCAAUUAGCAUAUGGUGGUGGGGCUGAUACAGUUGACGAAUAUGUAAGACUUGGUGAAACCACAGCUCGAAAAUGCUUGCACCAAUUUACCGCGGGAAUUAUCCACUUGUUUGGAGAUGAAUACCUAAGACAUCCAACAGGGGAGGAUCUUGAAAGACUACUCGCUAAAGGAGAAGGACGUGGAUUUCCCGGGAUGGUUGGAAGCAUCGAUUGUAUGCAUUGGGAGUGGAAGAAUUGCCCUACCGCUUGGAAAGGUAUGUAUUCACGAGGAACUGAUAAACCAACAAUUGUGUUGGAGGCCGUAGCUUCUUAUGACCUAUGGAUAUGGCACGCAUUCUUUGGAGCUCCAGGUACUAUGAACGAUCUUAAUAUUCUAGAUCGAUCACCUGUUUUUGAUGACAUUAUUAAAGGAAUAGCUCCGCAAGUCAACUUCAAUGUCAACGGAAGGGAGUACGAUUUCGCCUACUAUCUCACGGAUGGUAUUUAUCCGGAAUGGGCGACAUUUAUUCAAUCUAUCCGACUACCACAGGGUCCAAAACAUUCACUAUUUGGUAAAACCCAAGAAUCUGUCCGAAAAGAUGUUGAGCGUGUCUUUGGAGUCCUGCAAGCUAGAUUCGCCGUUAUUAAAAAUCCAUCUAAUUUAUGGGAUAAAUCUAAGAUAGCAAAUAUUAUGAGAGCAUGUAUCAUACUCCAUAAUAUGAUUGUCGAAGAUGAACGACGUACACAGACUCAAGAUGAGACGUUUCAAGAUGAGGAUAUUUCUUUUUGCGUCAAGAUGCCCACCGAGCUUUUCAAUACACUUGAUCGUCGGGAAAAAGUUCGGGGUAGACCAAUCCAUAGACAAUUAAAACUUGAUUUGAUCGGACAUAUAUGAGAUCAAUUUGGGUUUGAAAAUUAAGAUUUCAUGUUUAAGUUUCUAUGAAUUGAAUAAAAAAGAUGCUUUUAUGCAUUUUUUUUUCAACUUUGUAAUCUUUUUUUUUUCAAUUUUUGUUCAACUUUUUUAUUUUCUUAUGUUUAAUGUUAUAUGUUUUGUUAUAAAGUCCUCGCAAAAAAAUUUACAACAUAAAAAAAUUAUUACUAUUUAGCUAAGAACCAACAAAAGUAUCUACCAAUAAUCUCCACUUUUAAUCAAGUAUCUUAACAAAAUCACUUAAUCUAAUUAUAUUAAUAAACUAACCUAAGAUAUGCAAUUAAAGUCCUAGCAAUGAGGAUGGCCUAAGCUGUCAGAUCUUUUGGUUUCUUUUCUUCCCAUGUCGAUCAUUUAAUUUUUGUGAUGUAAGGAAUUCUUUUAAAAUGGCUGAUAAGCUUGAAUACAAUGAUAGAAGUUUGCAUUAUGCUAUUUUUUUAUGUUGAUUCAGUCCCACUGAGCUGGCUAUGAUAGCUUCAGAAUCUUCUUAGGAUUAGAAUAGCCUUUUGUUGAAAAAAAAAUUAAAUCAUACCAACCCAAACUUUAGCUUUAUUUUUCGGCUAAUUGUAUAAUCUGAAAUCGAUACGUACUGAAAGUAUACACUUAUCGACAGUGGGCUUAGGAGAAGUCUUCAUCUUGAGAUUGGAUCAAGGCGGAGAGCAUAAUAGAGCUAAAGUAUACUUUCAGAACUUUUGGACCCGGUUAAAAGUUCCUAACGUACUCUUUGAAUAAGGAUCAAGCUAAUCUUAGUUCAUUACAAAGAACAUAUGUGCCUCGAUGAAGACAUGUGCUUGGAGAGAGGCGAUCGUGCCGUAGAUGAAAGACAAUCGUGCCAUGAGAAGCGAGUGUCUAACAUAGAUUAUUUGUCUGGUUUUCUGUGUUUUUCUGUAUAUCCCCUCCUAGGCAAGCUGUCUCUUUCCUUUUCCUUCUAGUGUUUUCGGCCGACAUACUUUUCCUUAGUGAUUUUCCAAUAUUUUAAUGGGCCGAGUUCAUUGUUUAAUAGGACUUGUUGAGAGACAAAGCCUAUCUCUAACAAUAAGCCGCCUCCCCCCAGUUCGUUGAGAGAAAUGAAAUGGAUAUAUAUCUGCGAAUUUUACGAAAAGGGUUAUGAGAAAAUGAACUCGGUGCUUUGUGCCUAUGACGAUCUAGGCAGUUUCUGUAAACUCAUUCCUAGAUGAAAGCAAAUUUACUGUGAACUCAUGCUUAGAUGAAGGCGAGUUGAUUUUGACCUCAUUGCUAGAUGAAUGCAAAUUUACCUUCAUAUUUGAUCAACUAGGCGAGUAACUAGAACUUCCAUGAUGAGUUGAACCAUGCCUAGAUGAACAUAUUGGCUAAGUGUCUGAUCAGGACAUAGCCAACAUUAUCAAUCAAACAUAUUGGCUAAGUGUCUGAUUAGGACAUAGCCAACAU